UUGUUACAGUGGAAUAGAUGGUGCAUGCAAUUCAUACAAAGGGGUGGAUACAAAUACUUUCCUUAUCCUUUUUUGUUUCCCCUCCCCUGAAUACAGAUUACUAUUAUCUCAGCUUACACAAAACAAGACCAAACUAGCAGUGACUAUAUCACUAAAUAUGGCUGAAGCUAUCCUCAGCUUCAGUAAAAUUAUCAAACCUAAUGCUCCCACUUCUUGCCUUCAAACAACUAGACUCGACUUAAACUCUUUAUCAUCGAAAUCACUCAGGCAGUCCUACUCGAGUUCUGGAUUUAGCCAUGGUUGUCAAAAGAUUGAGGGCAGCAAGAACAAGAGAGCAGAAUUACAGAAAAUGAGAGCUUUGCCAGAUUUAACACUGAUGGCUGUACUGGUUGAGCACAUGGAAGGCCAGAGAGACAUGAUCACCCACAAAUCUAUAUGGCACCUCAGUGAUGUAGCUAUGAAGAAUGUUUAUACUUUUUACAUCAUGUUUACAUGCUGGGGAUGUUGCUUCUUUGGUUCCACAAAAGAUCCAUACUAUGAUUCAGAGCAGUACAGAAAAGAUGGAGGAGAUGGAACAGGGCAUUGGGUAUAUGAAAAGCAAGAGGAUAUAGAAGAGACAGCUAGAGGAGCACUGUGGAGAGAGGAGCUGAUUGAAGAGAUUGAGCAGAAGGUUGGAGGGCUCCGAGAACUGGAAGAAGCUGGCAAGAAGGAGGAGGAGCUUGUUCGUUAGCCAUGUACAUAUUACAUAUAUAUGAGAACAGAUCAAGUUCUCAGUCUCUUCUAACUCCUAAUAUGUGCAUGCUUUUGAAUAAUUAAUCUUCUUGAUAUAUAUGUAAAGAGCAAGCACAGUUGAAAUUUGUUUGCGCACAGAUGUAAGGAAAUCUUAGUUUCACAUAGAUGUAAACUUGUUGGGCAUA